AUGAAUGGCACGUGGCAAAACAGCGAAAUCGUGGGUGAACACAAGGGAACUGCUUCCGUCGUGGAAACGAACCUGUUCUCCACAGGGGUACAUGCAGGAGAAAGCUUGUGUUUCACCAGGUGGAGCAGUGUGAAGGAGGGAAAUUGGGAUGAUGAGCUUUCCACGACAAGCAAUAUAGCAGGGGUUCUCCCUCUUUUUGCAAAUCCCGAAGAAAGCGUCUCUCCACACAGGGAUGACGAGACAGCGAGACAGGAUGAAGAAGGGGAGGGACAGGAGCAGCCUCAGCUUGACAGCUCUGUCGGAGAGCAGCAGAGGAAAGGUAACAUGGCAGGCCGAGGUGAUACCUCCAUGGUGAUAAAAUCGGAAGUAGAGGAGUGCGAAGGCUAUUCUGUCGAAAGAAAACAGCAGAGCGAGGGGGACCGAACGACUCCUGAUGGACUCUGCAAACUUGUGGAUGGCAAGCGUGUCAACCGCACGGACGGAGUACAGGAGGGUGAAAACGGUAACACACUCAUGGCUCAGCAACAGUCAGAGCAGAUGCCAGUGGCGCAGUAUCGAGGAGACAACUGCUUCCACAGUAGCUCUCACCUGGGAGACUUCCAGUCUAGUCCUUCUGGUGCGUCGCCCGGGCACCAAGUAACACGAAAGCCAGGACUCUUGCUGCGGGACAGCUACUCAGCGUGUACUGAGCAUUGCCUUGAGUGGCGUUGCGCUGAGAUGCCGGUACACGUCGAUACUGCAGAGAAUGCCCCUGUGAUUCACAACGGGAGUUGUGGGGAAACAAUCUCCGAAGGAGGGGUUACGCUGUCGCAGGGGCCUGAGCAGAGCAAUCACCAUUUCGACGUCGGGGCUCAGGUGGGCACCGAACAUCCGGAGUUUUUUAGUGGGACUGGGGAGACCGGCAUGGAGCAAUGCAACGAGAGGCGAGCUGAGAUGCUGCAGUGGAGACACCGUGAAGGCGCCCGUUCACCAUCGGAAACCGAAUGCGUCACUGACGAGCCGAAGGGGACGCCCGGGCAGGAGAACCGUACUACGGUUCGGCCGGGACAGAAUCCGGCGACAGCGCGACGGGGAGCUCGCAAUGCGACAGGUGAGAUUCCUGUGCAGGCGUCACCUUCCCUUGCUAUAGACCCCAAGACCAAAUCAGACGCGAUUGAAGCAUCAUUUACGGAUACCAACGAUAUUCACACGACUCGACCAUGUGACGAAGUGUCUCUCGAGAUGCAACUGUAUCUACCACAUUUAAGGUGUAGCACUGAGUACGAGGGUGGAAAGUCACAGCGGACACCCACGGCACAAGAGUCGAAGGCAAAAUUAUUGUCAACGGGACCAUCCCUUUCGUUUUACAACACAGCUAUUCACAGAGCAGGCCUCCCGUUGUCGAUCCCUACAACCGUUCCGGUUCAUCAUGGUGAUGUCGAGGAUCCGGCUUCAAAGCGUAUCCCCCUUUUUGGCGGCUCGGUUUCCGGCGGUCAUUGUGUACCUCGUUCCUCGAACACGGGGGCAGUGAUGGAGCCGUGUGUGCCCGUAGUUGAGUUAAGCAGUCCUCGCAGCUGCGUAGAGGAAAGAGAGACCUCACGGCACGGAGAUGCUGCUGGGAGGGAUACCCUGGAAAGGCGCGCAUUACCAUUCUCCCCUGCUGCGCCAAUGACGGGAUGCUCCAGCACUGCAGCCUCAUCCGUUGUGUCUGGUGACGUCUUUGCUUCUGUAGCAACCCCUGCUCGCGCGAAUGUCUAUGGAAACAGUACUGAGACCCAAGAAGAAGGUGGGUGUGGCGAAGCGCCGCGAUAUGUACUUCUGUUUCCUGACGAAGAAGAAGAGAGGCUAGGACCGGCACGAACAAUUGCUACCACUCAUUGCGGAGCAGGUCAAACAAAGUAUAUGGUGAAGAGCGAAGGAUUCGGGGUGCCCACUAUUAGGGAGGUGACAAAGAUACCGGAGAUCAGGACGCCCACGAGGAUCCACCCAAGGCGCUUGCUUCCUGGAGCCACGCUUCAAGGCAUGGCCUGUGACGGGUGCGGCACCUCUAAUCCCCCGACAGUGAUAACGGCAUCGGAGACAGGUUUUUUGCCUGAGAUGUGUUUUCUGUCACCUCAGCGUCAACCACAGCUCGCCUCGGUAGGCAACCAGGACUACAGUGCGGGCUUUGACUCGGGCACACCUCGAAUAGCACAGAUUCGUGAGAUAGAUUCAUGGGCAGAUUCAUUAACUGAAGGAGAGAAAAAACUUACCACAUCCUCUCCGUCAUACGGACAAGAAGCGCAUAAACGGUGUUCCUUCUUCCAGUCAAUCAACAAUCGAAUAGUGGGGGUGAAAGCUGACCCCACGAGUACAUGCGGAUACCAUUCACCAAAAGAAACCCUUAAUAGCGGAUGUGCUGCAAGGGAACAGAUGGUUGGUGGCAAGCCGCCGUUGGCGCAGUCAUCUUUAACACGCGAGGGCAAGCACCGCGGACAGCAAACUCAGCUACGGAAAAGCGGCGUGCCAGCGUGGAGCGCUGAAGAGGAUGCGAGGCUCGCAGAGUUGGUUGCAAGGAAAGGCUUUAAGUGGGCACUCAUCUCUUCACAACUUACUGGUGCCUUUGGAAUCCCGCGAACGGGUAAACAAUGCCGGGAACGAUGGUUUAAUCAUGUGAACCCCGAGGUUAAGAAAGGCGACUGGUCAGCCGAGGAGGAUGCCAUGAUACUAACACUUCAGAAUGAACUGGGAAAUCGCUGGGCUACCAUCGCGAAGAGGUUGCGGGGCCGCACAGAGAACGCAGUGAAGAACCGCUUCAUUUCUCUCAGCAAUGCCCGCUUGGGGUAUGGUCGUCCAAAGCGAGAUGGCUCGAGCGCGGACUGCUUCGGCAGCGGACGUAACUGCAACGCGAGGUCACCGAGCGGACCCAUGAUGCCUCAUCUGUGUCAAGCUACAUGUUCUGCUAGCACGACGACGAAUGACUCGGUGUCAUCGGGUAACCACCCUGUUAUAUCGGCUGGGAGAGAACUUUUUGAAUCUCCGGAAGUGGCAGUGGAUUCCCCAGUGAGUGGGCAGCGGCAAUGCUCUGGCACGCUACCCAGCUAUGUGCAUCCCACUGGGGCCAGCAGUUCACGCAUGCACCCUCGUACUGCAGGUGAGGGGCAUUCAACUCAUUCAAGAAACAGUGACGCUGGUAACCUGGAACAACCAGCUCAUCAAGAAUGCAACGAGUCAGGCAGAGGUGACGCUGAGCAAAAUAUGUUUGCAGGGAUGAAGCCGGGGACAAGGUCUGUAUCACAGGAUGCUGUCCCUGUUGGUCGCCUAAUUAUAGCAGGUUUAGAUCCACCAGUCCUCGUUAGAACCUUCCCCGUGGCCGAAACAUCACCAAAAACCCUUUCUAAAGAGCAUGGGAGCGAACGGUUGAACAACGAGCGAGAUUGUCUCAAACUCAGCAACUCAGCAUCCGAGGAAAGCUUCCUUGCAUCAACGAGUGAAAACCCUGUAGGCAUCAAGGUAAACGAUGCUGAUGGAAAUACGCACGAGCCCCAACAAAAAAGAAGGCGCAAACGAUCUGCUUUAGUAUACCAAGGGGGGGAGCGUGACAGUAACGGCCCUGAUUUAAACGUGGAUCGACAUGUGGAGAAUGCAGGAAGCUUACGGACGCUGGGGACAGCUGACAGGGACACCCCACCAGCCAACUACGUGGAGCCUCAUCGCUUUGAAGAAUUUUCACCGUACGAGCUGGUCUUCCAGCCAGCCUUGCGACCAACAUGUGACCAGCAAGGGUGGACGCCGCCAAACGCAGUCGAGGCUUCCGAGCAGGCCUCACACGACGCACAAGGGCAGUGGCGUUGCGACGGUCACCGGACUGGCUACCGCACCGCCCAAGGCUCUGUUUACAGCAGUGAAGUGGAGUCAGGUGAUCUGCGCAGUGUGUGCCGGCUGACGGAGCAACAGUCUUCGUUCCAAGGUGCAGAACGUGCAUGGUCAGAAGCAGGACUUCAGUUGUUUGUCGCACACAAGAGGGGGAAAAUCUACCCCACCACCGAGCUCGACAGCCCGAGUACCUUUUUUCAGUGUUCGCCGUCUUCAUUACCGACAUUCCCGCAGCAGGCAGUGUUUCAGUACGAUAGAUUUCGUAACAAGGUUCCGUCCGGGAAUACGUCCGCCGGAGCAAGUGGAGCCCAGCGGACAUUUGAGGAAAGCGGUGGAUUAUUUAAGGAAGGACCCAGCGUGACUACUCCCGGGCGCAAUAUGGAACUCGUACAGCGCCUUUCAGUGCCCCUUCGCAGGUGUGAAGCGUCAUCAAACGCCCAUUUUUGGACUUCACCAGAGAUUCAAUUUGGAAGGAAUUCAUUGCACCAACGGCUGGAUAGUUGCCAUCAAUACUGUAAGCAGCACGCCCCUUGUUGUGGGAGGACGGAGCAGUUUUAUAAGCUGACGUCAUCGCAUCAAGAGAACGGUAGUGGUAAAGAUGCGUGUCGUGUCUCCGUGUCUCCAACAGGAAAGAUAGACGAUCUACAGAAGCAAUCCAGGGGCACACUUCUGUCAGCAAAGGAAGACAUCGGCGAACCAGGGACGUGGCCUCACGCUGCAAACAUCAUUAGUUCGAACUCGGACCACCAGAAUGCCUGGCUGUGUGCAGAAAAUUCGUCUGGGUGCGACGACGGGCGGAGAGGACCCGUUGGUUUCGGAGAAAUCUGCGUGAAAUCCGGGAUCAAUAUGAACACCACCUGCGGCAGUGGAAAUCCAAGUGGUAACAAGGAUGGCAGAAGUCGAGAGACGUGGAGAUGCGAGCAACGGGAUGACGAUCAGGUCCAGUCGUUUGAGUCCAGGUGCAGGGUUGCCAGCUCAGUAGGUGGAGCCGAGGAACCAGCUAAUAUCGAAUCCAAAUUGAUGCUGUUGCGUGCCACCACAACCGCCAGACUUCCCGCAGGCAGCGACAAACUAUUUUCAAAUGAUGCUAGGUGCAGCGUAGUGGCACAGCUCGACCCUCAAAUUAACAACGAAAACUCACAGGAAACACGCUAUGCGGAGGUAUUCUUGGAACGCGGAGGUGAACGGAUGGUCAAUGUUUCUUCCGGUCCUGAGCCUAAUGAGGGAUGCGGGUACAACAUCGAGCAAACUGGGGCGUGCACCACAGGAUUUCAUCGACCAAUGCAUAGUUGCUCAACGAUUGACUCUGAAGAAUUUGAAGACUUUUCGUCAUCCCAAAAGGCAAGUGGCGACCGCGGGCAUAUUAGCAGACGAAAGGGAGAUGUCCUGCCCCUGACUGAAUGGGCCAAGUAUGAUGGGUUGCGUGAGUUAUACUGGAACGGGGCAGCAGCAUUUCCUCGUGAUCCACCCAGUGACUGGAAAGGAAGCUGGUCUAACAGCGUGGGAUGUGAGCAUCAAAAUUCCUUAUGUUCGCCUGAUGGGGUUAGUGCAAGCGACUUUAGCGAGAUGAAUAGAUGGAGGCUCUACGGCGCGGCUGCCGUCGAGGUAGGAACAAGUCACAUCUCCAGCUCAACAUCCCACAGUUUGGCCUCGCAAACUGUAGAUAAAAUCCGGGUGCCUCCAAAAACUGGAAUGACUAGCUGUGAUGUGCCGGAAUCUCUUGGGGUCAAUGAGAAUGCGGCAUCACCGGUUGGUAACCCUCAUGUACGAGGGAACUGCAACGGGCCUGGUACAUGCCGAACAGGUGAACCGGAUCAGAGCGCGUGGGUGGGCGUACAGCAGAAUCAAAGGCCCUCUGAGACGUCGAUAUUUGCCGGAACCAGAAACAAUGAUACAAGGGGUAGACAGAAAAGCAGAAUUGUACCUGGCGAAGAAGACAGCGUAGUCAGGACGAGGCGAAAAGAUUCCGGCUCCACUGCAGCAACUGUUAGUCGGGCUGCCUCCGUUAGUCUGGCGGCACCAGGUCCUGCUUGUGACAGCUCCUCUUCUCAACCAGAUGCCUCUUCUCGUGGCCAUCACCUUUCCUUCAGCUUUAGUCACUGUUCCGAAGCGACGCUGAACAGGAGUGCAUCCUCAAGUUACUCGUGCCCCCCACCAACCUGUCAUAUGUCGGAUGAGAGGCCUCUAGAGCCAUCGGAGGAGGGGGGAGCUCUCAGGUCAUUGAAUCUUGCACCUGUAUAUGGCCAUCUUGGGCUUCCCGCCGAGGGAGCGACCGCCGGUCAUGGCAGAGCGUUGGAGCAUCCCCUAAUAGAGUCGCAGAUGGAGCCAUCCGAUGGUGAAGUUCGAUUGUGGGGCCAUCCGCAUGAAACAAAUUGGCCGCAGGGCACAUUGGAACCCGUCGGUUUCGCAUGCGGGAUGGACGGUGGUGUCCUCGAAUGUAAAGAGACUGAGGAAUCGACACCUGGAAAUAGGCGAAUUCAUCGCGACGACCACGACAGGCGGCACAUGCAACACCAAGAUGGCGAGAGGAUUUGCCCAUCUCCACCGAUCGAAGCUAUUCUUCCGCAUUUACGUGCUCGUGAAGAAAUGCCGGCCCAGCCGCUAGAGGCACAAGGAACCCCUCCUCUACGAAGAGACCUCGCGAGCCACGUGCAGCAAGAGACUAACCAAGGCAUUGCUGGUGAGGAGUGGGUAACUAUACGAACUACUGGAGACAUCUCAAAAUCAAAGGCACGUUGUGCUGGGCAUCAGAGCGCACCUAUAUCUGAGAAGGUAGGGGGACUAAAGGAACACCUGGGUGGUGAGGGCUGGGGAAUUUCGAGGGAAGCGAGUUUAAGCUUUAUGACUAGCUUACCCGCAAAUGCGCCGGUGGGUAAAGCAGGGGAGGACGUUGACAAGUGCCUCUGUGACCAACGACUGUGUGUAGGAAACGGGUGUGGUCCCGAGUCAACGGAGGCCACGGGCUUCGAGAGCUUGGGUCCACCGCUCCAACUGUUGCUUGUUGACGGGUAUACCCCAUUCGAGCCAACAGAGGACAAGGACACCCAGACAGUGGAGCGAACGUUAUUUUCUGUGCCAGCGCAGGAGAGGGAUAUAAGAGACGAGGACGAAGAAGACAACUGCAGUGCCUGCAGAACCGGCAGUCGCUUUUAG